AUGCNAAAGCGGGGAAGGAUGCUUCCACCAAUGUCUUCUAGUUGUGGAUCUACUGGCAAGAUCAAAGGUCCUAUGGAUUGUUACUUCCCGCAAAAAUCUGGAGAUAAGGGAGGAAAAAGUGGUAAUCCUCAAGUUGGUGCCAAAGAGAUUUUGAGGGACCGUGCAAUUACCUUUUUUGCGCGGUGGAUGUAUGAUGCAGUUAGUAGGCCAUAUCUAAAAAAGGAGGUGGCAGAGGUGAACAAAAUCGUGAAGGAGCACAAAGUAGAAUGGAACAAGUUUGGUUGUUCCAUUAUGAUGGAUAAGUGGACGGCGAGAAAUGAAAAAAUGAUCAUCAAUAUCUUGGUGAAUUCUCCUAAGCGAAGCCUGUUUCUUGAGUCCGUUGAUGCAAGCAACUCUUCGACUGAUUCAACCAAAAUGUACUCCUUGUUCAAGAGUACAAUAGACUCUAUUGGAGCAGAAAAUAUUGUUCAAGUUGUCACGGACAAUGCCAGUGAAAAUGUUAAAACUGGUAAUAUAACGUCUGCUUUCUACCCGCAUAUCUAUUGGACUCCGUAUGCAGCACAUUUUGUUAAUUUGAUCUUCAGUGAUAUUUCAAGGAAAGACCUUUCAUGCCUAUGGAAGGGAAGCUCGAGGGAGAAAAUCUGCAGCUAUAUACUUUCUCCAUCAUUCUGGGACAAUGUGGUUCAUGCAUUGAAGAUUGGUGGUCCUUUAGUUAAAGUGCUUUGUUUGGUGGAUGGGGAGCAAAGGCCACCAAUGGGCUACAUGUACGAAGCAAUUGAUAGGGCAAAGGAGGCUAUUCAAGCCUCUUUUAGUGAUCAAAGAAAAUACAAAAGAGUCUUUGAGAUCAUAGAUUAA